UGGCGGCUGCUGGGAGUGUGGCAACACAGAGGCAUAUUGCGCCGCUAACUGCACCUCAGGGCCAUGCUUUGCAGCACCACCACCAGAAGUAUAUGGGUAUCCACCAUCAGAACCACCACCACCACCACCAUCACCAUCACCAUCACCAUCACCACCACCACCACCACCACCACCACCACCAUCAUCAUCGCCAGCACCAUCACCACCUGCACCGCCCACCACCGGCGCCAGCCCAGCAGUAAUAGCCGGCGCCACUGUAGGAGUCAUUGUAUCGCUGCUGCUGCUCGCUCUGCUCCUCUUCUUCUUCUGCUGCUGGCGGCGCCGCCUGGAGAACCAAACCGAUCACGUUGCGAUGAGCAACGAACACACCAGCAGCACAGGGAGCACCAACAAGUCACGCUCGAUGGUUGGGGUGAUAUCAGGAGGAGCCGGGGCUCUCCUGAGCUUGAGUAGAACGAGCAAGGGAAGCAGGGUGUCCGGCGUGUGCCAGGAGUUUUCUCUGAAGCAGCUGAAGCGGGCAACGAACGGCUGGGCUGGGGAAAACCUGGUGGGCAGCGGGGCGUUUGGAGACGUGUACAAGGGAGUGGAUCCCCAAACCGGGGAGGUGUGGGCAGUGAAGCGGGCCAAGUUUCUGUCGAAUGACUUCCAGACGGAGGUGGUGGCGAUGGCGUCUAAGCACCACAAACACCUGGUGCGCCUGCUGGGGUUCUGCGUGUGCUAUGGCUCUGCCACGCAGCGCAUGGAGCAGAUUCUGGUGUAUGAGUUCAUGGCUGGCAAGGACCUCGACUGCUGGAUCGGCAAAGCCGCCCCGCGUCCUCUGAGCAUGCGGGAGCGCAUGAACAUCCUUCUAGGAGUAGGCGCAGGCCUGCAAUACCUCCACUCAUUCAACAUGGUGCACCGAGACAUCAAGCCCGCCAACAUCCUCCUGGACUCCAACAUGCAAGCCAAGGUGGCUGAUUUCGGCCUCGUGCGGUGCGGCGAGGGCACCACGGUGAUGGCAACGCGCGUCAUGGGGUCACCAGGGUACAUGGACCCGGCGUAUGUCGUGUCGCAGAAGGCCACUCCUGCUGUUGAUGUGUACAGUUUCGGGGUGGUGAUGCUGGCGCUGAUUACGGGGAGGAAAGCAACGGCUGGCGAGGGGGAGAAGGGGUGGGAGAAGGUAGAAGGAAAGGAGGAAGCUGCAAUCAACCUGAAGCAGUGGGUGGCAGCGCUAGUGGAUCAGGGCAGUGACGUGUCAAAAUUCGCCGAACCAAACCUGGAUGCCCCAUCUGCGCUCCUCCUUGAGCUGACCACCCUUGCCCUUGCGUGCACCAACAUGCGCACGUCUACUCGCCCCUCCAUGCUCCAAGUGCUUGCGGAGCUGCAGGCUCUCAAGGACCGUUACCUGGUUACCGCUCCGAACAGGAUGGCGGUACGAAUCGACGAGGAGGUGGACGUCGAAAUUGUUGAUGUCGAUCUUGAAUCUGCGCUGGAGCAGUUGAAGGGUUUGGACCAAUCAGCUUCAUGGGUGCCAGUUAAGUAG